UGCAUAUAAUCUCUCUCUGACUGUCUAUCUAUAUUAGAAUUAGAUGCCACUACACAUACAAGACAAAGCCUCACGUGUGAUUGAUGCAACUUGUUUUUAUUUUGUAAUAAUCCCAACCCUUUAAAUCCAUGAUGACCUACUUCAUUCUCCCUUGCCUUAAUUCCUACUAUUUACCACCUACAUAGAAAAAGAGAGAGAGAUGGCACUAGAGGCUGUCAAUAUUGUUGAGCAAGAUCCGUUUAUUUACGGGUUCGGCGCGGCGCCGUGUGAAGAAGAGAAACCAAACCCUCAAACUGUUGAUAUUUAUGAUGGAGGAUAUUGGCCGGAGAGUGGGAAGUGCCGGCGCAAGAGACGGCGGGUGAGGCUGACGAAGGACAAGGAGCAGAUGGAGAACCAGAGGAUGACUCAUAUCGCGGUGGAGAGGAACCGCCGGAGGCAGAUGAAUGACUACCUCGCCGUCCUUCGCUCCAUAAUGCCCCCUUCAUAUGCGCAAAGGGGUGAUCAAGCUUCCAUAGUUGGGGGCGCAAUAAAUUUUGUGAAGGAACUCGAACAACUCCAACAAUUUCUAGAAGCAAAUAAUCCAGCAAAUCAACAACAGCCUAACCAAAACCUAUUCUCCAACUUCUUCACUUUCCCACAAUACUCAACUCAUCCGACCACGUCCUCCUCCGUGGACACGGUGGCGGUGCGCGGAUCGAGCGUCGCCGACAUCGAGGUGAUGAUGGUGGAGAGUCAUGCAAACAUCAAGCUAUCCACAAAGAAACAGCCGAAGCAACUACUUAAAUUAGUGGCUGGAUUUCAGUCAAUUGGCCUAACAAUUCUCCAUCUUAAUAUCACCACAGUUGAUCAAUCGGUGCUAUACUGUUUCAGUGUUAAGGUGGAGAUUGAAUGCCAGCUAACUACGGUGAAUGAAAUAGCCACAACUGUGCAUGAUAUAGUGGGAUUGCUUCAAGAAGAGUCGAUUUGUAAUCAUGUCCAAAAUUUUUAAUUAGUGGGCAAAUAAUCCAAUUUGUUAUUGUCAAAUCAUUGCGGCCUACUUUUCGCAUUAUAAAUUAAGAAAUUUAGGUAGAACUUACUCCGCUUUCAAAUAAACUGUUACUACUAUUUUGUUUAGGAAUAUUUAUAUACUAUAUUGUUAUAAUUGUAGCCUGUUCGGGAACAUGUUUGAUUAAUUUAAUGCGAAUUGCCAGUUUAUAAUUACUAUUAA